CAACAUAUCAGGACAUAUACCCUCCGAAUUAGGAAAGCUUCCCAAGCUAAACACACUUGAUCUUUCUAGCAACUCCUUCUCUGGUCAAAUUCCCAGCAGUCUGUCCCAUGUAAAAAGCCUCCAAUACCUGAGGCUGAAUAAUAACAGCCUCUCAGGACCAAUACCUUCCUCCUUGGCAAACAUGACUCAGCUUACUUUCCUGUAAUUCUCUUAAUCCCAUGAAUGCCAGUUAGUGUUCUUUCCAAAAUGAUGCAUGUUAGAGUAAGGGUUACCAAUAUGUGGGAUCUGCUGAAUUUUCCAGGGACAUGUCUUUCAAUAAUUUGAGUGGUCCUAUGCCGCGGUUCUAUGCAAAAACAUUCAACAUUGUCGGAAACCCAUUGAUCUGUGCCACGGGGAAUGGGCAAGACUGCCCCAGAACAAGACCAAUGCCAAUAUCUUUUUCCUUAAAUAAUUCACAAAACUCACAACCUUCUGGAAAACCCAAAAGCCACGCAAUUGCUUUAGCAUUUGGUUCCCUAAGCUGCACCUGUCUACUAGUUUUGGGGUUUAUUUUCAUUUUUCUGAGACGGCUGAGACACAAGCAGCAAAUAUUCUUCAAUGCCAAUGCCACAAACGAGGAAGAAGAAUCCAUUAGGAACUUGAAGAGGCUCCCUUUCCAAGAUCUUGUUAUUGCCACAAACAACUUCAGCAGCAAAAACAUACUGGGCAAGGGUGGUUUUGGGAUUGUCUACAAAGGAUAUCUUAAAGAUGGGACAGUUGUAGCAGUUAAAAGGCUCAUAGAUGGAAAUGCUGCUGGAGGGGAAACCCAAUUCCAAGCUGAAGUAAAGAUGAUCAGUUUAGCGGUGCACAGGAACCUUCUACAACUCUAUGGAUUUUGUAUGACAGCAACAGAGAGGCUCUUAGUUUAUCCCUUUAUGUCUAAUGGGAGUGUUGCUACCCGUCUCAAAGGCAAACCAGCCUUGGAUUGGGGUACAAGAAAAAGAAUUGCCCUUGGCACAGCGAGGGGACUAUUAUACCUUCACGAGCAGUGUGCCCCUAAGAUCAUUCACAGGGACGUUAAGGCUGCAAACGUGCUGCUUGAUGAUCAGUUCGAGCCUGUUGUGGGGGAUUUUGGUUUAGUUAAGCUGAUGGAACACCAGGAUUCACAUGUGACAACGGCUGUGAGGGGAACUAUAGGGUACAUUGCUCCAGAAUAUUUGUCAACAGGUCAGGCCUCUGAUAGAACUGAUGUAUUCGCUUUUGGAGUUCUUUUACUUGAAUUAAUGACAGGCAAAGGACCUUCGCAGUUUGGGGAAAUGGAUAUUGAGGAAAGGGCAAUGAUUGAUUGGGUGAACAAAUUUUACAAGGAAAGAAGGUUUGAUGAGCUAAUAGACAAGGCCUUGAAAAAGAGACACGAUCAGAGUGAGCUUGAGGGAAUGAUUCAGCUGUCGCUUUCUUGUACCCAACACCAUCCAAAUCAUAGACCAAAUAUGUCUGAAGUGCUUCAAAUUCUUGAAGGAAACAAAUUAGCAGAUACAGAAAAAGAUUCUCAAACAGUGGAAGAAGAACGUUGCUGAGCUGGGGAGUUUUCCUCAUCAGAUACUCUCUGGUAGUAAAAUCUUCCAUGAAAACCUAACUUGGGAAUGGAAAACAGUGUACUAUAUAGGGAAAAUGUAAGGAGAUUUCUCCUCAUAAGGAUCCAGGUAUAUGAUUUCAGCUUCCGGGCUGAAUGGCAAUUUCAUCACUGUCAAUGAUCUGAUCAAUAGAAACCUAAUCAUAUCUAAUUCAUAA